AUGCUAUGCCUGUGUUGUGUUCCUGCUAUUUUUUCCUUGUCGGUAAGGAGAUACAUUGACCAAGCCGUUGAGGGAAAUGGAGGGGUUCUUGGAGUAGGCAUUGAAGCUGGUGCGAGACAUAAUGUUGCCAUUGAAGCAAUUGUUGGAGGGGGCGUUGAAGAAGGUGCAGGACAAAAUGUUGUUGAAGCAAGUGCUGGAGGGGGCAUUGGUCUUUUGAGCAUAGGUCUCAGUUGUUGA